AACAUUAUCAGAGCAUAAAAAGCAGUCUAAGGUCGCAGUCUUUUUUUUUUUAACUGUGUUAUUUUGAAACGUGUUUUCUUUUAUUGUGUUAAAUGACUUAAAAUGUAUAUAAAAAAAGAUCUAGUUCUAGUCGUUAAUAGCAGACUACAAGUGUCGUUCUUACAUGGACUACAGCCUCAUAAACAAUGUACAAACUACCGUUAUAUAUUUGAAAAUGAAUGAAAGACUUUAGCAUCGAGUGCUCAUAGCUGAUAGAAAUUAGAGUUAUUUCGUUAACACACUUGGCUAGCAAAAAAACGCAAUUUAAAAGUAAAGGUGCUAAGAAAAAAAAUGGCCACACAUGUUCCUAAUGUCAAAGGUCAAAAGUGUGAAAGUAAGUUAACAAAUAACAUUUCAAAAAUGUAUGCUACGAUUCCUGUUCUUUUGGCUGUUCUGUGUUAUAUCAACGGAGUUCCUGGAGACUUUGUUCACGAUGACGUCUUGGCGAUUCUACACAAUCGUGAUGUCACCGGUGAGAGCGACCUACUGGCUAUUUUUUACAACGACUUUUGGGGAGUCUCCAUGCAGAAUAGCACAAGUCACAAGUCUUAUAGGCCGCUGUGUGUUCUGUCAUUCAGGUUGGAUUAUUACCUCAGCGGCGGAGAUUCCAGGUGGUUCCAUUUAGUAAAUAUCAUGCUGCACGCCCUUGUUGUUUUUGUCUUGACUCAAGUGUGCCAUAACGUGCUGAAGAUGUCCAGCCUCGCUACGCUUGUGGCCACAUCUCUUUUUGCUGUCCACCCAAUACACACGGAAGCGGUGACUGGAAUAGUUGGCAGAGCUGAUGUGUUAGCGGCAGUCUUGUAUUUGCUGUCUUUUUAUAUGUAUACAAGUGCCGUCACCAAGUCCCGGUUGGAGCGAGACGUCAACGACAACCUGACAGAGUCCGCCUCGGCGUCCUUCCCUGCAAAGCAGCUCAUCCGGGUGGCGUCUUCCAUGGCGCUAGCUCUGGCCGCCAUGCUGACCAAGGAGACAGGCAUCACGGUGCUCGGGGUAAGCCUGGUGUAUGACCUCAUCACAAGCCGGAAGCACGUCUUAAAGUGGCUAAAACCAGGACUCACGGCUGAGACAAAACAAUUUAUUUCAAGAGUCACCAUCAUAAUAGUUACGAUUUCAUGUUUACUCAUAAUGAGGAUGGCGAUAAUGAAUUUUGAAAAACCCAGUUUUAAGCACGAAGACAACCCAGCUUCUUUCUCGACAUCAAUUACAACAAGGAUCUUCACUUUCAAUUAUAUCACAUUCUACAACUUCUGGUUACUGCUGUCCCCUUCAUUAUUAUGUUACGACUGGACAGGGGGCAGUAUACCUUUGAUCAAAUCACUCCUGGACCAUCGCAACAUCUGCACUAUCUUGUUCUACUCUGUAAUGAUAUGGUCCUGUUGGAGAUGUGUCAGAAAGAUGUUUCUAGACCAGUCCACAGUGGAAAAACAACAACGUCUGUUUCUGUUGUCCAUGUCAUUGAUGGUCAUUCCUUUUAGUCCGGCUUCCAAUAUGUUCUUCAGAGUUGGAUUUGUCAUAGCAGAAAGGAUUCUCUAUAUACCAAGCAUUGGAUUCUGCAUUCUGAUUGCACAAGGUUUCCAGAUUUUGUGUUCUGCAUUGGCCAGAUUUAAAUCGAUCUUCACUGCUGCUAUGUUGGCCUUAAUGCUGGUGAUGGCAGCGAAAACAGUUUGCAGAAAUCAGGUGUGGGAAUCGAGAGAGACUUUAUUUAGAUCUGGAGUAAAAGAUCUCCCACAGAAUGCCAAAGUUCACUACAACAUGGGGAAUUUCCUGAAAGAUGAAGGCAACAAAACUGGGGCUGAAUAUCAUUAUCGUCAAGCAAUACGGUUGAAUCCUUUCCAUCCAAGUUACCAUAGCAACCUUGGCACAGUUUUAUCGAAUGUGAAUGAAACAAAAGAGUGUUAUAUGACUGCUUUAAAACUGUUACCAGAUCAUAAGAAUUCUUUGUUCAACCUGGGCAGCUUACUCAUUGAUGAAGGAGACAGUGCAGGCAUUAGUUUAGUUCAACACUCACUAAACAAAGAUCCUAACUUUAUUGAAGCCUUGCUGGUCAUGGGCAAGGUGAUGCUCAGGGCAAAGAACUUUUCAGCCGCUGAGAGCUACAUCAAGAGAGCAUUGGAUUUAAAUCCACACAGACCUGAUGUGCGAUUUUCUUAUGGCUACUACAUGCACAUGACAGAUAAUUUAGAUGCUGCACUUCAGGAGUACCAGCAUAUUCUGGCUUUACAUCCAAAUGAAUUAACUUCUAUCCAGAAUGCAGCUUCAAUUCACAGUGACAGAGGAAAUCUUAUUGAAGCAGAACAGUUACUUAAGAGGGCUCUCAAUGUUAAAGAAGAUUGUGAAGAUUGUUUGAGUGCACUAGGAAAUGUUUAUAUCAGAAUGGGGGAUCUCAAUAAAGCAGUUAUUUCACUUGCAAAAGCUACACAUUUAGCACCAAAUAGUACCAAGAUUCAUUUAAGAUAUGUGAGAGCAUUAAAAGAAAAUAAACAGAGGGAAGAGGCUCGAGAACAUCUUCAGCAUCACAUUUCUAAAUUUCCACAAGAUUUCUUGGCUAUCUGGUUUGCAUAUAACUUAUCAAUGGAGGAAAAUAGAAUAAGCGAUGCUGCACAAUACAUCUCUGAGGCUGUGACCAUUGCAGAGCGUGAAAACAAUCCUGCCCUCAGUUACUUAUACAAAGAGAAGGCUGACAUUUAUAGAUUGAACAAGGACUUAGAUGGCGCAUUGAAGUACUAUGAAAAAUCCAUUGAAAUCAGUCCAGAAUAUGAAGAACCCAUUGUGAAUAUUGGAUCUGUUUAUUAUUUGAAAAAAAAUUAUAAAGAAGCUGAAACUUACUAUCAGAGAGCAUUGGCCAUCAACCCUCACAAUCAACUGGCAAGACUGAACUUGAAAAAACUGCAGACCAACAUGAAGAUGACCUAAUAGUGAACUUCAAUAUGGAUACAUUGAAUUAUCAUUUACCUACACUUAGUAAUGUAUGUUUACACCUGUCUGCACAUAAGCCCCUUAAUAGAGACAGUGGUGGGCACCAGUGCUGAUUCUUUCAAUCUUCAUUCACUCUGUCUCAGUUCUUCACUGUGUGUCUGUGAAGGAAAAGUUUUCUUUUAAAGACUUAUAAAUUAUACACGUAGGUUCUUUCUUAACAGAAGAUAAUUACAUAACUUAAUGUCAACAAACUAUCUUUUUUUUGUCUUUCUUGCUUUCUUCCUUCUGAUACUAUACAUAAAGGAUUUUUUUUUCAAAGUUUAAGUAAGAGUCUAUGAUCUCAAGAUUUUUGGUUUUGACAGUAAUGAGGAAAUUAUCAAAAAGCUCAUCACAUUUAGGACUAGUGCACAGACCUCUUCAUUUAUUUGUUUAUUGCAUCUCAUUUGGUCUGUUAUCACUCUAAUUGCAGUUGGUGUUUAAAUUGCAAUUUGUUAAUCAUUUUGUUAACAUUUUCUGAGUAGUGAUUUGUAAGCAUAUCUGUGAUGAAAAAGAUCUCAUUUUGGAGUAAGUUAUGUUUCAUGUAAAUGGCCAAAUUAUUGGAUUAAUUUCACUUGGUUUUAUUUUGUUGCUAUUUGUUUUUGGCUUGAUUUAUGUUUUUAAGCCUACUUGUAAAUAUGUAUAGAGUUUAAGAGUUAUGAACUUAUGAUAAAUGUGUUUGUUUGCUUGCCUUUAUGUGAAUGGCAGUAUGCGUGCUCUAUUUCCCGUUCAAUACAACACUGUUCUAGAUUUGUUCAUUCUGUGCUGCCUACGUCACAUUCAAGUUGAAGGAGACAGCUUAAGUUAUUCACAUUGUGCCAUUUACAAUGUGAAAUUUAUGCUACAUAAACUAUAACCAUAAGAUUUUUGAAGAUAGAGACUAAGAUUUAUUGCAUUGCCAUCUUUUUAUUUUACUUUUGGGUAACAACCCAUGUAAAUUCAUUACAAUAUUGAUUCCUUUUAUAUGGAAACUUAGGCCGUUUUAAUCAGGAUUAAUUUUUAUCAGCUUGUUUUUGGUACAAUGAUGCUGAUUUAAAGAAGAAAACUAAGUCUUUUCUUGACAGAUCAUUUUAUUUUUAUAUAUAUUCUUUUCGUUACAAACCAAAAUUACAACUUGAAUUGUGCUCUUUGGAAACUCUAUCUGGUUUCUAGAAUUAGAAUUGGAAACUGUUUGUUUUUAUCUUUAUGCUUUAAAGAACCUUACUUAUUCUUUAUGCUCAGUAUCUCUAGUCUUACUAAAUGUCUUCCAUGUGUUUACCUAAUGCUCAAAUUAACCAACAAUUUUUUUGUCAACUUUUUAAUUUUUUUUGGUAUGAAUACACACCCAAUAUUUAAUGUUUUAUACACUUCAAAUUUGUUUUUACUACUAAUUGUAUGCUUAUUAAAACAGUAUUUGCUGUAAUGUGCACCUAUGUUGAGACCAUUAAAUUACAUUUAUAGUGACUGGGAAGGUGAGAUAAUACUCCCAAAGUCAGUGAAAUUGACUGCACUAGUAGCUGUGGUAAAAAUAUAUACGAGAGGCAGAGCCAGCAAGCAGUUUGUUUUCUCUUCACUUGCAAAAGUUUGGGUAUUUAUUUCAAGAUUCUAUAUUUGAUCUGAUCAGUUUCUUAGUGCACAAAGGGUCUAUAGCAUUUAUGCAUUUGGGCCUUUGCAUAAUGCACACACCAACACCUGCUACCCAAAGAUGCUGGAUGUGCCAUUUCAACUGUCCAUAUUGAUUGCUUAUUAGUGGAUACAGUUGGUUAGUAUGAUAACUAAGUUUCUAGAUCUAGCAUUUUUAUAAUAGAUGUCACAUGAUAAGGAUGGACUCACUAAGUCUUAAAGAAUAAAAAAAAAUAACAAGCUGGCAAACUGCAGGCUCUCUGUGAUAAGGGAGGACUCUAUUCAUAAAUUCAAGUCUUAAAGAAUAAAAAGUAACAAGCUGUCAAACAGAAGACACUGCCUCUUACCUACACAUAUUUCUCAGUGGAAGUUACAUUAGUUGAUAGCACAAAGAUUUGUUGAUCAAUGUGUGUAGCUAGUCUUCAAUUAACUUCAUAAUAUCAUUAGCACUUGAAAUAUAUUUCUUGUAUACAUCUAGAAUCACCAAUAAUGUUUUUCUCAUGUUUAUUGAGCACUUUCAAAGUAUUAUUCUGUAACUGCAAUGCACUUGUGCCUUUAUUCUGUGUGUUCAUGAAAGACUUAUUGAAGUCCUGACAAAUGUAGACAUGAAUUUACUGUUUUACAUUUGUUACAUCUAUUUUUGUGCUUUUUGAUAAAAAUAAAAAAGCAACACUUUC